GUACUUAGAGAAUCUGAAGGACGUAGAGUCAACUAAGGAGACUUGGACCACUGGGGGUGGAAAUAAAUUAACAAGAGAGAUAUAUCUAUAACUAUAGAACAUGCUAGCUAGGACAACCGAAAGAAAAACAAACACAAAAAUGAUAUAUAAAGUUUUUAUUUUCUAUAAAUUUGUGAGUACAGAAAAUCUAUUGAGAAGAUUUUCUAUAAAAAGCGCGCACCUUUUCAUAAAAAAUUAUUAUUUAAUAUGAUGGCAAGCGCGUGCUUCCCCACUAGUAUUAAAAAAAAGGGCUAUAGUGCCCCCCCUGUUCCUAACCUGCCUAAGAGGUAACAUUUAUAUAUAUUAUCAUGCAUGCAAAGCCAAAUGCGAUUACGUACUCAGUGACGCAAAUCAAAUGAGAGAGAAAAAGGAACCAUAUCUGUCCAAAAUCCAAAACUUGACAAUCUUCAAUCAAUGUGGUGUACACAAAUGAUAUUCUAACACUAACUAGCUAGUAGCUAGUCCCUAUAAAUAUGUAGUGACCACAUGCGUGCAUCUUCAAUCACAGAGCAUCAGAAAUCAUUUCAGUAUCAUAAUAUCAUAAAAAAUAAACAUGGUAGCCAUCUUACUCUGUUUGUCUCUCACUCUUCUCAUCUUUCUUGUUGCUAUCAAGCUCAUCGUCAAAACAAGAACUACUCGACCAAAACACCUCCCACCUAGCCCACCUUCUCUUCCAAUUAUAGGCCAUCUCCAUAUCAUUAAAAAACCACUCCACCGUACUUUUCUUGCCCUCUCACAAAAAUAUGGUCAAAUAUUCUCACUCAAAUUUGGUUCACAACUUGUGGUCAUUGUGUCAUCCCCAUCAGCAGUUGAAGAAUGCUUCACAAAGAAUGACAUAGUAUUAGCCAACCGUCCUCCCACCCUAUUAGGCAAGCACCUUGCCUACAACAACACCACCUUAGUACAAUCCCCAUAUGGCGAUCACUGGCGCAACCUCCGCCGCAUUAGUACCCUUGAAAUCUUCUCAAACAAUCGCCUCAACAAGUUCUUAGGCAUCCGAAGGGACGAGAUCAAGAACUUGCUACGAAACCUGUCACGCAAUUCUUGCCACGGGUUCGCCAAGGUGGAGCUACAAUCAAUGCUCUUGGAGAUGACAUUUAACACCAUAAUGAGAAUGGUGGCAGGGAAACGGUACUACAAGUACGGUGAGGAUGCGAAGGACGAGGAAGAAGCGAGACAGUUUAGGCGGAUAAUGAAAGAGAUAGCAGGGUUUGGAGGGGCAUCAAAUCCAGCGGAGUUUGUACCCAUCUUGCGGUGGAUGGAUUAUGGAGGUUUGGAGAAGAAGUUGAAGAGUCUCUCCAAGAGGAUGGAUGAGUUCUUGCAAGCACUUAUUGAUGAGCAAAGGCGUAAGGAGGAAGAGGGUAACACUAUGAUUGAUCAUAUGCUUUCUUUACAAAAAUCACAGCCAGACUACUACACAGACCAAAUCAUCAAGGGGCUUAUAUUGAUAUUGUUAUUGGCAGGAACUGAUACAUCAGCAGUCACAUUAGAGUGGGCAAUGACUAAUCUCCUGAAUCAUCCUAAUAUAUUGAAAAAGGUUAGAGAUGAGAUAGAUAGUCAAAUUGGAGAAGAGAAAUUCAUUGAGGAAUCAGAUGUUUCCAAAUUACAUUACCUUCAAAGUAUUAUCUCAGAAACCCUUCGAUUACAUCCAGCAGCACCAUUGUUAGUACCCCAUAUGUCCUCCGCUGAUUGUACCAUUGGAGGAUAUGAUGUACCAAGUGGCACAAUGUUAUUGGUCAAUGCAUGGGCCAUACAUAGAGAUCCUAAGGUGUGGGAUGAUGCAACUAGUUUUAAGCCUGAGAGGUUUGAAAAUGGUGAGGUUGAAGGACAUAAGCUAAUGCCAUUUGGGAUUGGGAGGAGGACUUGUCCUGGGGCGGGCCUUGCCCAACGUACAGUGAGCCUGACUUUGGGUUCGUUGAUUCAAAAUUUUGAGUGGGAAAGGGUUACUAUAGAAAAAGUUGACAUAAAUGAAGGUAGUGGGAUCACUAUGCCUAAAGCCGUGCCAUUAGAGGCCAUGUGCAAAGCACGCCCAAUCAUGCAUAAACUUCUUUUUAAGUUGACGGAUAAUGUUUGAACGAUCUCCUUGAGUUACUUUUUGGAGAUUUGCUUAGUUAUUCACGGAUAAUUUUAAUCAUUUAAUAAACUAAAUAAACAAUUACAUAUUCAAUUUGAAAAUUGAAUUACUGUAUCUAUAUAAAGUUAUAUCCUUUUUCUUUUUUUGGGGAGUGGUGUUGUUUUUUUGGCUUAUACUGGAUAGUGAUUUGUAUAUGUGCUUAAGGAGUAAGAAAGGAUUUGGAUAAUUCUAAUUUUCA